GCCCGGCGGGAGGGUGGCGGCGCCCUCAGGACCCAGCGGGGGCAGCGCGAUGAGGCGGGUGACCCUGUUCCUAAACGGCAGCCCCAAGAACGGAAAGGUGGUUGCUGUAUAUGGAACAUUAUCUGAUUUGCUUUCUGUGGCCAGCAGUAAACUCGGCAUAAAAGCCACCAGUGUGUAUAAUGGGAAAGGUGGACUGAUUGAUGAUAUUGCUUUGAUCAGGGAUGAUGAUGUUUUGUUUGUGUGUGAAGGAGAGCCAUUUAUUGAUCCACAGACAGAUUCAAAACCACCUGAAGGAUCAUUAGGAUCCCACACAGACUGGCUAACAUUAAAUGUUGGAGGGCGGUACUUUACAACUACACGGAGCACUUUAGUGAAUAAAGAACCCGACAGUAUGCUGGCCCACAUGUUUAAGGACAAAGGUGUCUGGGGAAAUAAGCAAGACCAUAGAGGAGCUUUCUUAAUUGACCGAAGUCCUGAGUACUUUGAACCCAUUUUGAACUACCUGCGUCAUGGACAGCUCAUUGUAAAUGAUGGCAUCAAUUUAUUGGGUGUACUAGAAGAAGCCAGAUUUUUUGGUAUUGACUCAUUGAUCGAACACCUAGAAGUGGCAAUAAAGAAUUCUCAACCACCAGAGGAUCAUUCACCAAUAUCCCGAAAGGAAUUUGUCCGAUUUCUGCUAGCAACUCCAACCAAGUCAGAAUUGCGUUGCCAGGGUUUAAACUUCAGUGGUGCUGAUCUUUCACGUUUGGACCUUCGAUACAUUAACUUCAAAAUGGCCAAUUUAAGCCGCUGUAAUCUUGCACAUGCAAAUCUCUGCUGCGCAAAUCUUGAACGAGCUGAUUUGUCUGGAUCAGUGCUUGACUGUGCAAAUCUCCAGGGAGUUAAGAUGCUUUGUUCUAAUGCAGAGGGAGCGUCCCUGAAACUCUGUAAUUUUGAGGAUCCUUCUGGUCUUAAAGCCAAUUUAGAAGGAGCUAAUCUGAAAGGUGUGGAUAUGGAAGGAAGUCAAAUGACAGGAAUUAACCUGAGAGUUGCUACUUUAAAAAAUGCAAAGUUGAAGAACUGUAACCUCAGAGGAGCAACUCUGGCCGGAACUGAUUUAGAGAAUUGUGAUCUGUCUGGAUGUGAUCUUCAAGAAGCCAACCUGAGAGGCUCCAACGUGAAGGGAGCGAUAUUCGAAGAGAUGCUGACACCGCUGCAUAUGUCACAAAGUGUCAGAUGAGGAUUUUAGGGGCUGCAGGAGGAUGUCCAAGAUGAAAAAUGUUUUCCUUGUCACUUUUCUUUCUCCACCCAGUCAGUUGUCUAGAAAAAAUAACCCUGUAAGAGAAUUUUUAAAAAAACAUUUAGAGGAUUUUGCUUGUUCUCAGUGGUGCAUAAGGGAAAAAAUGGACUUUUUUUCCACAUUCUGAUUAGAACAGAAAAGCACUCAUUUAAUAGAUGUAGGGAAACUAGAUUAUAUUGCUGCCUUUUGAAUGGGGUAGGGGUAUUUGCCUGGUUUUAUGACCAGGAAUAGUAUCUGUUAUAUUUGCUUUUAAAUAAGCAUGACAUGGAAAUACCAUCUUGGUUUGAGAUUCAUUUGAGGAUGUUAUUUUAUGAAAAGCACAACAUAUACAAUUAUAUUUAUUGAAUACAUAGAUGCAGUAUGGAUGUUUAAAUUGCUAAAUUUUAUGAGAACUUGGAAAAGGUUGUUCAGGUUUAUAAAUAGCUUUAGUGAUGCCUCCUCUCUUUAAAUACCUGUCACACUGUAUGAAAAUGGUGAGGUCAGACUCCCUAAGACUCUCUUCAGGUUCAUUUUUAUAAUGUUUACUUCUUAGAACAAAAUAGUAGCUAAAUUAAAGAACUAUUCCAUUCUUUCUUAUUGAGACAGAGUGGAAGGAAAGACAUACAUCACUGUCAUUCUGCAGAUACUGUUGGAACUCUCCAGAUGGAGGGAGACUUCACCUAUAGCCACAACUAUUAAAUGAGCAUUCCACAAAAUUUCAUUCUAGGCAAGUUCCACUCAACACCAGACCAGGUGAUUUUAUCUCUUUACACUACUGGCCUAGUUUUCUCAUAUACAGUCAGCAUAAGCACAUGGUGACGCUUGAGAACCGAAAAACCAAGCUGUGUCAUUAAUACUCAUUUAAUUCACAUGCCAAAUAGUUUAAACAUGGCCAGCUUAGAAAUAGGUAUCAAAUCCAAAUCCACUGCAAUCAAAGCUACAAAAUAUAAAUGACCAUGGGAAGGUCACCUUUUAGAAGUCAGUAUAAUUGGAACUAAAACCGUACAAUAGGGAAUGAGGAAUUUUAAACUGGCAGUUUGAUUAUAGCCACCAAAAAAAAUUAAUAAAAAUAAAGGCAUUUGGCUGGUCUGAGAUCUAAUACCAAUCAGUCAGUCAGUACCUGUGUUUUGGGUUUUUUAAACAAAUGUUAGCCCAGUUUCCUUGAGUCAUUAUCUCCAGCAGCAGAAAUAGGGGCUGUACUUCCUUACCAGUGACCCAGUGUCCUUACGUUUAUCCCAAGAACAGGGAUAUAAGCUGUGUCCAGAUGGGUUCUGAAUUCUACAGACUCAUCAACCUGAGGCAGUGAGUCAUUAAAAACCACUUUUGUCUCCUUUGGGAGAAUGACAUACUUUCAGUAUAUACGUAGCUUAUUGUAUAUCUACAUAUGCAAAGCUUUCCUUCACAGUUAAAGGGUACAUAUGCAUAGUGGGAGGAGAUCAGACCUUUACAGGUGAAGGAAAGCAACUUCAGAAAUGAAUUAUUUUCUUUGCUUUAUUAUUUUUACCAAGACAGAGAAGUAUUGUAUUGAGAGAUAUCUAUUUUCAUAAUCAAUAUGUGCCUAAAUUAUAUUUAAAUCAUUUCACUCUGUACUAUAUUUUCAAUAAUUAUAGAAUGUGUUGUUCAUUCACUUAAGGGUACCUCUGUAGACAUAACCUAAAACUGCAGAAGGACUUGAAAGAUCUACACAUGGUGUGCUCAGAAACUGCAGCUUUUAGAUCUAAUGUAUACUGCAUUAAUAAAUGAUAAGAAAUGUUGAAAAGGAAUUUCUUUUCUUGCUUUAAAAAAUCAGCACUUUCUGUAUUUUGCUUAGAUUUCUUCAUUGUGCAUUGCCGACCAGCCCUGAAGAACUGGAAAAAAAGAAAUACAGCAUAACACUUAUUAUGGAUUAGUCUUUUUGAAAGUGCAGUGAAAGUAAAUUCACUAUGUUAGACAUGAUUGUUUUAUAAUCCUCUUUUUAAAAUCCACCAUCCUAAGAACAUGAAGAAACUAUUAAUUCUGAAAAGACAAGUCAGCCUUCCAGUAAUUCAUUUAAUAUGCUUGUGUUACUCUUUAGCUGACGAACAUUACCAUUUAGCUUUAUUAAGUUGGAUAAGUAAUAUGCCCCCAAAACAUUUUUCUCCUGACAUCUGGGAAAGAGAAUUCUAAGGAGGGAGGAAAGUUUCAAAAUAGUAAAACUUCCCUUUAGUGAAGAAAUGUGUUAUCUGUAUACACAGGUAAAAAUACAGUUGUUGGAAAGGCUAGAGAAAGGUUUUAAGCCUAAAUUCAUAGAUUAUUUACAGUGAUAAAACACAGUACUUCAUUAAUUGUCUAAAGCAAUACAUGUUAUAAUCUAAUGUAGCCUAGUUCCUUCAACUAUAGUUUCAAGGAGACUAUUAGGAAAUGUAAAUUCGUUAUUCUUAAAAAGGUUUCCACAAUAAAUGAAGUCUUGGAAUA